AUGGCGGAGCUGCCCACCCCCCGUGUUUCCCCAACGCGGCCGUUCGCAACAACAGGUGUGGACUACUUCGGCCCAGUGUACGUCCGGACGGGAUAUCGGCAGCGAGCGGUAAAGGCAUACGUGUCAGUCUUUGUGUGCUUUUCGACCAAAGCGGUUCAUUUAGAACUGGUUACCGAUUUGUCGACUACGCGAUUUAUCCAGGCACUACGGAGGUUUGUGUCACGCCGCGGGAGGUGUGCCAGCCUCUAUUCGGAUAACGGCACCAAUUUUGUUGGCGCCAAAAACCAGAUGAUGGAAUUGAUUAACCGGCUGAAGUCCAAGGAUCAUCACGACGCCAUAGCGAAGGAAUGUGCCGAAGACGGAAUGGCAUGGCACUUCAUUCCUCCCGGCGGGCCCCACUUCGGCGGUCUGUGGGAAGCCGCGGUGCGAUCGGCGAAGGUGCACCUGUUACGUGUGUUGGGAGAUACGGUGGUGUCCUACGAAGACAUGACAACGCUUCUCACCCAGGUGGAGUGCUGCCUGAACUCCAGGCCCUUAACCCAGCUGUCCGAUGACCCCGAGGAUCUGCAGCCAUUGACCCCUGGCCAUUUUCUGGUAGGUUCGGCCUUGCAAGCCCUAUCAGACGAGGAUUACUUGCAGACGUCGGUCGGCAAACUUCAGGAUUUCGCAGCCACUCAACGAAGACUCCAGGAUUUCUGGAAGAGGUGGAGAGCUGAAUACCUGGUACAACUUCAAGCUCGCACCAAGUGGUGGAAACCACCUGUCGACGUCGCUGUGGGCAGUUUGGUUGUUAUACGAGAAGACAACGUUCCACCAACCCGGUGGAAAUUGGGUCGGAUCAUCGACACUCAUCCAGGUCCAGAUGGUGUAGUCAGGGUCGUUUCUUUACGGACGGCCAACGGAACUAGUACGCGUCCAGUUACCAGAAUCUGCAUUCUACCGAUUCCGGUCUCCACGGAGGCGGGACCAGCUGAAGACGAGGAAGACAACUGA